UCGGGCAGUAUUAAGAGUGCAGGUGCUUGACAGACUUCGUGGAGUACAUAAGGACAUGCAAAUUCCCCUAGGAAUAAACAAGCCUUGUGGAGGAAAAAAUGCAUUUUAAAGAGCACAGGUACCAUAACAACUUUGCAGCCUGUAUAGCUUAUCUACAUGCUAAGAAAUAUUAUUUUGUUUGUGGUUGGAAAUACUGACAAAGUUACCGUUUAUAUACCGUUUUAAAUAAUAUAGGGUAUAAUAUUUGAGCAGUUGUGUUUUUUUGUUCGAUGCAUAAACCUUUCGGCGGUGCGUUCUGUGCCGUGAAUCUGGCAUUUGUGUAAUUUAAAAAAAGAUUUCAUUUUGUCAAUGUGAUUAAAGAGAGAAACGGAGAAUAGAGGACGAGAGAACAGGACAUUUAAUAGGAUAAAGAAACUAUGCUUUUACUGUAUUGCUCGUAUGUACGAUGGCAAUGAGGAUUAUUCCGUUUAAAUCCACACUGAUUUGAAAUUAUUUAUGUGCUAAAUGAGAGAACGCCUUUCGCCCUUCUCAAGAUCAAAAGCCACCAGAAAGGGGAUCUGGUACGUGGCUAUAUAUGCGUGCUCUUUCUUGCUUGGGCACCCGAUCGUUUUCCCACUGCGACUUUGAUCGGAUAUAACCUUCGUACGGGAAAGAAGACAGGCUUAUUCCUACACUUCUGCGAUCUUUGAGACAUUCAACGAGAAAUAAAAAGGUAGAAGCGCUGCCGCGGCCUGUUUACGUUCUUUGAGGAAAACUGACUCCCUAUCGGCCAUCAAAGUACCUGCAGCUCGGUAAAGAUACGGCGUUGUCUUCCCAGGGAUUGGGGGUGUGAGAGGACACCCCAAUUUACUCAAUUAUUACCGUUAUACUCCUAUAACAUUUGUACAUUUUAUAACGUGGUAGUUCCGCGAUUGCAGGGAACAGUGUUUAUCGGUGUGUGACGCCGGGAGAGCAAACAAGAGGCAGACCCCGUAGUGCAAGAGAUGGGCAGUUUACUUCUAUAACCAGGUACAACCAAAGCCAAGUCCACAAGUCACAGUCGUAGUCGGGUCGGAUGCAGGGAGUCGAAAGCCGGAAGGGUCAGUCCCACGAGCAGGCACAGGACAAGAGGGGAGGACGAGCAGUGGAGACGGAUCGGGAUCGCAGGAGAAGAACGUAACCAAAGGAGCAGCAGGAUGCUGGCCAGGAAAGGCUUGCUCCCUGAUGGCUUCUUCUUGACCCGGCUGACAGAGGGUGCCACCGAGACCAAUCGGUUCCGAUCCAAGGCCCAAAGAGCCCGUUUUAUCACAAAGACUGGGUCCUGCAAUGUGGCCCACAAGAACAUCAUGGAGCAGGGUAGAUUCCUGCAGGAUGUCUUCACCACCAUGGUAGACCUGAAGUGGCAGCACUCCUUACUUAUCUUCACCUCAGCCUUCAUCUGCUCCUGGAUGCUCUUUGCCAUGGCCUGGUGGCUGCUGGCCUUUGCCCAUGGGGACCUGGAGCUCCGUGACCCAGAGAGCGGGCCUGCUCCGGUGCCCUGUGUCACUGCCAUCCAGUCCUUCACCUCCGCGUUCCUCUUUUCCAUCGAGGUCCAGGUGACAAUUGGGUUUGGGGGUCGGAUGGUGACGGAGGAGUGUCCGGUGGCCAUCACGAUACUCAUUAUCCAGAACAUCCUGGGCCUGAUCAUCAAUGCUGUCAUGUUGGGCUGCAUCUUCAUGAAGACGGCACAAGCAAACCGCCGCGCCGAGACUCUCAUCUUCUCCCGCAAUGCUGUCAUUGCCCCCCGCAAUGGCCGGCCCACCUUAAUGUUCCGUGUGGGGGACCUAAGGAAGAGUAUGAUUAUCUCUGCCACCAUUCAGCUGCAGGUGAUCCGCAAGACAGUGACGGCUGAGGGGGAGGUGAUCCCAGUGUGUCAGCUAGACAUCCAGGUGGAGAACCCCCUUCGCAGUAACGGCAUUUUCCUGGUCUCGCCUCUCAUCAUCAGCCAUACCAUCGAGCGCGACAGUCCCCUCUACGAUCUCUCUGCCCAGUCACUGCCCAAUGAGAACUUGGAGGUCAUUGUCAUCCUGGAGGGGGUGGUGGAGACGACAGGCAUCACCAUGCAGGCCCGUACAUCCUACACCCCGGAGGAGAUUCUGUGGGGCCGUCGCUUUGUGUCCAUCAUAACAGAAGAGGAUGGCCGCUACUCUGUAGAUUACUCCAAGUUCGGGAACACGAUUCCUGUCCGGAUGUCUUCCCUCAGUGCCAAGGAGCUGGACCAGACCCGGGGAGUGCAGGGAGGGGGCACGUCCAGGGCCCAGCUUCAGGGCUGGGGACUGGUCCGGGCCGGCAGAGGCGGCUACCGGAGGGGGGGCAGGGCCCGCGAAAGCACUGCCUCCCAGCCCUGGUACAGCCAUGUGGAGGAAGGAGAGGAGCAAGACAGCAUGGCGGGAAGGGAGGUAAAGAAACAGAUUCCACCCGAAGAGAUCAGCAGGGGGACUGAGAUGGAGGGAGACUGAGCAAAGAAGGACAAAGAAAAUAAAGGGGGGGGGGGAACAAAUGUACAUUCACCAGAAACAGUGCCGUCCCUUUUCCAAGCAGUUUUUUCCAGUGAGUUUUUCUGUUUCCUUUGUUGUCCGUGAGAUGUAUUAUGCCAUAUAAAGCAACCUAAUAUUGCGAGCCCCUGUCUAUUUUGUGGGAAAUAUUAUCACAUACGGGAAAGCUAGGAAAAGUGUUAGGACCAAAAUCUUACCCUUUCAAGGAGAUCCCAGAGAUGUGUGAUUUGAGUAACGUAUAAGACUGCGAUACACCAGCGAUAUCACAGAACUCCGUGUGCCCUUUGAAUGAGUGAUCAGGCAUGCAGGUAUGCACUGCCAUUUCAGAAUGGGCUGGAAUUGCACAUUUCUCCUUAGAAAUCUCAUUGUCUGUUGUGCAAUUGUUCAUUUUCCAUCUGUUUGCUUCAUCGACAGCCAUAAAUAUGGCAUCAAAUGGCUGGAUUGUCUCCCUAAAAAGGUCAUGGCAUGUCGGAAACUUAGAGUAAUUAUUUCCAGAGUUUUCCCCCCUAGUUGUGUAAUCUAAGGCAGGGAUUUAGAAAACAAAACUUUCUUAACCUGCCUUAAGGGUUCUGAAGCAUCUGGCAGUAACUGUUUCUAUGAAUUUGUUUUUAACAGAAUCUUUUAUUGUACAGGUUACAAUGACGGUACAAAGUUUGUGAGAAGUAGCUUUACAAUGUAUUAGAAAAUAUUAUAAAAAUAAAUGUGUGAUGUUGAGAAAUUUCCAGUAUUCAUUAGCAAUACUGUUAGUUUUUCUGUAAUUAUAAAAGCCACAUGAAUCCCUGGUCAUGUACUGUAUGCAGAUAAUUUAUCAACAUAACCUGUCAACAGCACCGUUAAUUUCACUUGAUUUUCACAUACUGUCAGUGUAAACUUGAGUGUACAAUUCAGCAAUUUUUGAAACUAGCAUUUUCCUGCCCUGGACUUGCUGACACAAUUUCAACCAUAAAAAUUCAAGUCCACAGUUAUGCUAGAGCUCUAAGUCAGGGUUCUUGCGGAUCCUUAAAAAGGCUUAUUUUAGAUCUGCAGAAUUUAAGGCAUAUAAGAAGGAUAUAAUUAAAAAGUAUAUUUUUUCUGGCACAUAGUCUUAUAUAAUGUGGUUUAAUAUUUAAUAAAAUCAUGAAUGUUUAUGGAA